UCAUGAUCAGCUAUUUGAACCAAUCUCAUGGCUCCUUGAGCAAUAUAACGAAAACACUGAUGUUUUUCACAUCACCAAGAGUCUGAGCCAGCUCUUGGAGGUCUCGGGUGAAUAUAAGAUCCCUCUCCCUGACGGGAAGUUUCAAGCCAUCUGCAGUGCUCUGCACAACCAGCUCUGUUCUCAAGCUAAGCCGCUCAGCAUGGAAAAUCACGUAGAGCUGGUCUAUUGUAUAGUUCAGCUAGCCCGUUCUUCUCCUGAUGAUCUGAUAGCCUUUCUGCACUCGCAGCUGGAGAUUGAGAAUGAGGCUGUUCGUGUGGCAUCUCUGAAUCUGCUCAGAGCUAUUGUUGGUGCUGACUUGCCCGAGACAAGACUGAAAAAGUUGCUGAUUGUGAAGGCAGUGAAAUCCACUUUCAGUGAUCAGAAUGCUACGGUGAGGAAGGCAGUUCUUCAUUUCAUCCGGAGGCUGCUCAGCUCAGAAAGUGUGGAGAACUGUGCAGCAUGGGAUAUGGUAGCACAUGUUUUCAGGGAGUUCAGUGUGUCCACCAGCAAACUGGCUAUUCCGGAAGAAAACACGAUCCAAACCCUGUGCACUGACAUCCUGCAAUGUCUGGACACCUCAGUCACUGGAAUGACCCAAGUGUUAUGGCCAAGGCUUCUCGAAUAUGUGGUGCCAGCUCAGUACACUGGUACUUUGAAGCCUCUCUGCAGAUGCCUUAGGGAGCUGGCUGAGAAAAAGCAGCAGGAAGGAGAAGAAGCUGCUUCCCUCGACUACGGUGGACCAGUGAAACUCCCUACACCCCAGGGGCUGCUGGCACGACUCCUGGUAGUAGCCUCGUCCCCUUAUGCAGGAGAAGGACACGGAUGUGCUGCCUUGCAGUUACUACAGGCCCUGCACCAAAAUAUCCAUGCAGCAGUGGGUGAGAUGUGGGUAGUAAAGAUCCCAUCUCUGCUGCAGUACAUUGAAGGAAACACAGAGAAUUCCCUGGACCACGCGCGGUGGGAGCACAUGCUGCUUCAGUUCCUAAGAACAUCUCUGGCGAUGAUAGACGACAGUGCCUGGAGCAGCCAGAUAAGCCUUGAGUUGAACCAGCAGAUGGCCAGCUAUACCAGCCCCUCCCGUGAGAAGAGUUUCCUGUAUAAGGCGCUAGGAACGUCCUUAGCAGUUUGUCAGGACCUGGGCCACGUUAAAUCCCAGCUUCAUAAAUUUUUGACAACAACAGAUUAUAUGGAAGUCCCUGAGAGACAGAGAGUCAUUUCCAUCCUCGCAUUCUGUGCUGAGAGCCACUUGGACCUCACCCUGAACGCACUUCACGAGUUUGGGGCUGCAAUGAGCAAGGUGAAGAUUUCUGGGCUCAUCAGCCGCCUGAAGGACUACCACCAUGGGAGAAGAGGCAAGACUCGCAGCACCCUGAUGCUGACUUACAGCAACGUGGCUGUCCAUGCUCCAAAAGACCAGCUUCUCUCCCGAGUAGAGGCAGACAUCACAGGGAACAUCCUUCUCCAUUACAGAGCCAGUGGUCAGGUGCUGGGCAUCACUGUUGCGAACAAGGACAUGAACCUAAAAUUAACCCUCAUCCACAAUGUCAUGGAGAUUAGCUGUGCCAUCUUGGAGACCAGAGACUCCCAGGAGUUCGAAUUCUCAUACAAACUGGAGCUCCUUGGCUACAUGCUGGACUUCAUUAAACAGGAACCACUGGAUUCCCUGGCAUCUCCAGUUCGCUACAAGGCAAUUCUUGCCAUUGGACAUCUGAGCAAACUCAAACCAUCUCUGACCAUGGAGGAAAACCGUGAACUCCUUGAUCAGUGCUUCAAAAGUUUAUUUCCCCUUCCUCCCUUGGAGAAGAUGAAAGAGGAAUGUGAGACAGCAAAGGAUGCUCUGCAUAUACAAUCAAUCUACGUGAGGUCCUUUGAAGCCCUUUGCAAGCUAAUGGAGACAUUGCUGGAGGAAGCACCAACCGCAGACUGGUUCCAGGAAAUGUUUGAACUCCUAAGGACAUGGUUCAGUUCAGGGAAGGAGUGGGAGAGAGAGAGGGCCUUGCAGGCCAGCACCCAGCUGCUGACUGUCUAUCAAGAGACAGUUCAUAGCACAACUCAGGAAACUUUUCAUCAGUUUGGAUCUCUGAUUGGAGCAAUAGCACCACACAGCUGUGAUUCACUGGCCACAUCUCGUCAGUGGGUGGUUGACUGUAUCAGCUGCCUUCUCUGUAUACAAGGCCAGCCCAUGAACCUGGGGUCAGCGGAGGAGGAGCUGAGAUGUCUCCGUGAAGAACUAAAAGCAGCUCUGGACCCCGAGGCUCUGUUUCAGGCAUCUUCCAAAAUGGCCAGGGUUGUUAGUGAGUACUUUCCCCCGGAACAGGCCACAGACUUUAUUGAGGCCACAGUGGAUGGUAUGCUGUCUGCCAGCCCCACCUGUGCCACGGCAGCUGGACUGUGGAUGAAGAUCAUCCUAAAGGAGUGUGGAGAUGCCAUGCUGGACCAGGUGCCAGCUAUCCUGAAUAUAAUAUAUAGACACAUGCCUACUAUCCAGGAGGGCAGCUUGAGGCAGUCCCUGCUGGAGGCAGUGUCCAUUCUAGCUCACCAUCACCUAGAAGCAGUGAUCUCCAGCCUCCUCAGAAAACGUCUGCCGAUGGACAGUGACACCACUGAGCUGUGGAGAUCUCUGGGGGGAGACCCCUUGCUUGCCACUCAAGUCCUACAGGUCCUAAUAGAAAAAAUAAAGACUUCAACAAGCCAAGAAGGAAGCGUCACCUCAGAGACUGAAACUGACAGGCAUUUGGCAGCUGCUGAACCUCUCUCAGCAACAUGUGCCAUCUUUGAGGUGGUGUCAUCACUGCAGUCAAGCGAAGCUGUGCAGGAGCUGCUCCCAGAGCUGUUUCCUGUUCUCCUGCAGCAGGUCAGCCGAACCUUAGGACAAAAGAUGCCUUUGCCAGUGAUAAGCAGCCAGAGGCUAUUCCGAAAAGACCGACAACAUGCUGAGGGCAACCCUUGCUGGUUUUCUGUCCAAGCGUUAGAAUCUGUGCUUUUCAAAGUUGGGAAUGAGAAACUGGUGAGAGUGCUUGGGACGCAGAAAGCAUGGAUUCUGCUUGAAAACCCCCAGACUCACCAUGAGGGAGUGUGCCUGCUGGUGAGUGUUCUGCUAAGAUCUGGACUAGUAACACCUGAGAUCAUACAGCGCCUCCUCCCCUGGGUGAAUUCCCCAAUGGAAAACUUCCGAGUCACCAGCACAGCUUUCCUUGCCCAGCUAAUGAGUGAUCCCAUGCUCAGGGAGAAGAAGUUGCUUAAGAUUGUCUUACGCAUCUUGGAAGAAAGGUCACAGGAUAGAAACAGCAUUGUCCAUCAGAUGGCUGUAAGAGGCCUGGGAAAUAUAGUCGAUGGGGCGCCUCAGAAGGUGAAAAAGCACAAGAAGUUUCUUCUGGACAUACUGAUCAAGGCCUUAAAUGACACUUCCAGUUCUGAAGUGAUUGGUGAGAGCAUGAAAGCACUGGCCAAAGUCCUGAAGGAGCUGAAAGAGAAGGACAUCGGUUCUUCCUUCAAAGACCUCACCCAACAGAUCCAGACCUACUUUGACGAUGAGGACGAUGCUCUUCGCUCAAUGGCCUUUGUCCUAUUUGGCAUCUUGGCUCAGUUAACAAAGAAAAAAUGGAAGGCCUAUUUUGCCGAGCAGGUUCGAAAGAGCUGGGUCACACUUCUGCUGCAUCUGCAAGACCCAAGCCCCAAGGUUUCAAUGGAAUGCAGAGCUACAUUUCACCUCUGUUUCCCAUUUUUGGGACUGAAGAGACUCCAACAUGUGAUCAAUAAGCACCUUGGUGGCACAGAUGAGCUGAAGCCUGAAGAGCUCCAGGUGGACAUUUGCAGACACCUUGCCAAAGAGAAUGCAGAGCUGCUGGAGAACUUGUACAGCACCACCAUCACAUACUUCAGUAACAGCUGGGAAGAGAUCCGGGCAGUUGCCGCCAACUUAGCUGGCAUCAUCCUGGAACAAACAGACACUCAGCGUAUGAAAUGGCUGGACCUGAAACAUCUGCUGAUGUCUCUCCAGGUCCUAGAGAAAGACCCAAGUCCCACUGUCCAGCUGGUGGCAACUGAAAUCCUAAGUGACAUCUAUUCUAGUGGAGUGCUUGACGAAUGAAGCAGAACGAAGACAAACAGAACAAGGCGCUCCAGUGGUAUAAGGGCCCUACCAUCAAUCAAAUGUUAACCCCACCCCUUGACCCCGGCAGCAAGAUGUGUCAUGUGACCCCUCUAAGAACUCCUCCCACUUUCCUCUACCAAUCAGGAUGGGUUUCGCCCCAAUAGGAAUGCCCCGAGAGAAGACUUGACCAAUCAGGGGGAGUUCCAGGGCAGGUGACCUGUCUUUUGUGUGACCCCUCUAAGAACUCCUCCUGCCGCCAUCUACCGAUCAGGGUGGGUUUCAGCCACUGGGGAUCACUCCAAGAGGAGAUUUGACCAACUGGGGGGAAUUCUGGGGUGGGGUGACCCAUCCGGAAGUGCUUCAUGUGACCCCUCUAGGAACUCUUCUCACCACCCUUUACCAAUUGCGAUGGGUUUCAGCUGCAGAGGACUGCCCCAAGAGGAGAGUUGACCAAAACAGGGUAGGUUCUCGGAAGGGGUGAACCUCCCAGAAGAGGGUCGUGUGACCCCUCUAAGAACUCCUUCCAAUGCCCUCUGCCAAUCAGAGUGCAGCACAUCACCUCAUAAGUCCCAGCGCUGGGCAGAGGAGGCCAUCUCUUACCAAGAAGAUGUGUUUUAUGAAUUGUGGAAAGGCUGAGAGGAGACAUGGACUCCUUUACCACCCCCCGGAGAACUUCAGACUUUGUUUUAGCCCCGAGGACCUUUGGGCUUGUAUGGAUAAAGCGCUAUAGCAGUUACAGUUCCGAGGAGGGCCCUUUGACUCGACCAUUAAUAGAUACCUCGGGACCUAACCCCAAACCCUUGUGAAGAACCCCGAUGAGUGUGACGACCCCCCCCAAAGUUGGAAGAUGAUCAUGACUUGGGGGAGUCACUGGUGGACAAGGUGAACGGGAAAGACGUUGCUCAGCUUGACGAUGCCUUUCAAGAGGCCUUUGAGAACUUACACAUCGGUAGCCCUGUCGUGCAUCAGCUGUUUUUGCUCCUGUCUGAGAUGCAGCUCUCAAGAGGAAAAUCCAGAAAAGAACAAAAUAGAAGAAUGAACCAGCUCAGAGUCCUUCGUUGUAGGGGUCAUGGCGUCCAUUUUUACAGGUGGCUGUCAAAGGUUGUGUUAAACCAGGCAAUUAAUUAAACUUAUUUAAAUGUGUCCCUAUGACUGUAUCCCCCUCCAUAUUUGUGUUAGUAAAAGACGGUACCAAGAACAGUCCUGUCUCCACAGACAGCUCUGUUAAUGAAAAUAUAUUACAUCCCCAGGGAAGUUGGGAGCUUUGGUGGGGGAAUCCUCUUUUUCGAGUGGCCAAAAAGCAUAAUAAAACUUGAAAUAGAAGACAGGUAACAGCUUGGCUUUCAGAUCGGAUGCUUUCACUUUACACAAACUGGUUCAAAUACGUUUUAAAAGAAACAGGAGCCUUUGAAAAAGGUUAUGAACAGACGUUUACUGAUGAGCUAUUUAUAGUGGAUGAAGCCUUAACCAGGAGCCAGAGACCUGUAUACUGAUUAAAAGAUUACGAGGGUGAGACAGUUACUGGAUCUUUUUACCCUGAAGAAUUACAAAAAGUAAACCCCAAACAAGACAGGAUUUACAGGAUUGAAAAAGUUCUAGCGGAUAAAGGAAAAGGGAGAAAAAAGCAGCUACUGGUGAAAUGGUUCGGGGGAUCGAUAAGUUUAACAGCUGGGUGGAAGCUUCUCAACUCUGUGACAUUUAGACAUGAACAAAACAAACAAACAAACAAAAAGAUUGCUCCUGCAAAGACACAGAGAGAGAAAAAUGAGCGACAGCAGGUUUUACAUUACUUUGCCCAGCAAUGCCAGCUCUGCAGUUUUUCCUCAGAACACCAGCUUGAACUUUACAAUACUGCUAAUUAAGCCCUAGGAUCUCCGGAGUGCCUGGGAGGUAGGUUUGUGGAAAUACAAUACCCGCACAGCCAGAACACUAUCAACGAAGACACCCCUUUUGAAAUCACCUUUGGAGAUAUGGCAUGGAGUUUUAUCCUACGACAAGGUUAUUACUCGUCCAUACCCGAAUUAUUGGAUCAUAUGAACAGUACUGUGGCUCGUCAUCCCACACCGCCUGAGGUGGUCAUGAACUACGACCCUAGGGGUAGAAAAGUUAGUCUUAAGUCCACCGAUUUUACUUAUAUGUUUUCUAUCAGCAGGGAGCUAGCUAACAUUCUAGGUUUGGGCCUGAAGCACAGCAUCCAAAAAUUCCCCUUCUCAGCAGACAUCACAGGGCUUUUAAUUUCUUGUGUCUGUUCACAGAUAUUGUAGAACACGAAUUUGUGGGGGACUUUUCUGUUCCCCUGUUACGCUGUGUCCCUGUCCAAGGAAGGAACAACAAGUUUGUCACCAUCACCUACGAUAAACCUCAUUACGUUCCUGUCAGAAAACACCACAUCGAUACCAUUACCAUUGAAAUAAAGACAGAUCAGAACAGACACGUCUUAUUUUGCGUUGGCGAGGUGAUCAUCAAGGUGCACCUGUUUCCCUGGAAAGAGCGAGGUUUCUAAAAAGCAAAACAUUAUGGCGAUCCUAAAAAACUACAGCGACCCCACCAUCUACAGGAACUAUUACAAAGCCCAAGUGGGAUAUGCCCUUCCUGGAUGUACGGGGCUGGCGUGGGUGGAAUAUUCCGUAACCAAGCCUCUGCAACCAGACUUCGAGGCAGAACACUGCGUGAGAGAAUACAUGAAUCUGGUACAGACAGCUGGUAAACACGUGAAAGAUCGUUCUCUGUUAAUCAACCGUGAGGAGUUUGCCUUUGACCUGUCUCCCGACCAGGAAUGCGCCAAUCACUGUUCCCUGUUUAAAACCGGGAACCUGAGAGCAGAAAUACAUUUUGGGACGGCUCUAACCGUCACCAUCAAUAUGAUCGUGUAUGGGGUUUUUGACAAUGUCAUAGAGAUAAAUCAGAGGAGAAAUGUUCUGCUUGACUAUAUGUGAACAUGGACACCGUGCAGCUCUCACGUGUCUCAUCAACGACCCCUUACACAAAAAAGAAUUCCCUUAUGAUUGGCUCCCUGGCAGCAAGCUGUCUCAGAGACCCUUAGGUUUGGUGGUCAAUAUGCAUCCACAUAACCAACCUGGUGAACACUGGCUCACCUUGUAUCUGGCGAAGUGUAACUGUGGAGAGUUUUUUGACUCAUACGGGCACCCCCCCCCGAAUAGCGUGUUGUUUCCUAAAAGCAUUAUGAAAUUUUUAAACAAAAAUGCCACACACAAUGUGUUCCACAAUAGACAAUUACAAGACCCCCAGUCUGUCGCCAGCAGCUAUCACUGCAUGUUUUUCUUACAUCAUCGUAGCAAGGGUUUAAUCUUUUGACUUAGUGCAAAACGACCGGAUGGUGAUGAAUUUUGUAAAAACUAAAUUUAAAUUUUUGGGCAUAUCUAGGCUUGCUUAAAACAUGUUUCAACAAGCCCAGACAUGUGUAUCUUGCAAUGAUUUUUAUAGCCAUGUUAUCCAAUACUCUCAGGCAUAACAGACAAUGUUCGUUUGGCAUUCUCCAACACAUUUUUUAUAAAGUAACUUUUCCCACAGUUGCUAGGCCCCGCAAGAAUUGCAGAAAAGGGGUGGUUCCACCUCGGAUCCAUUUUUAAAGCCAUAGGGCAGGGUUUUAAACCCUUCUCCUAGGACCUUCUUGGUGGAUAUGACUUCUCUUAAGGGUUUUUGUCUUUAUUUGCCACUGAUUUUUGUUCCUUAUGAUAGAGGGCUGCUGCACCUCUAUCUUUUUGGACGUGUUUUCUCACAGGCCCGUGCAAUAGUCCAGAACUAGAUCUUUCAAACUGUCCAAGUUGAUCUUUUCACAAUUUGCUACGUUCAGGGUAAUACCUUUGACUUUCAUGCAGGCCUUUCUUUCCGGCAGCUUAUACCUGUAUGUUUUCGGGCCUGCCGACACAAACUCGGUGAUGUGUUGAUCUGGCGGGAUCUUGCCUAAAUAAUCCCGCAGAGGAGGAUUCCAGUCACCCUCCCUUUUCACAAAUUUCACCAAGUCAGUGUCAUGGUACAGGCACCGCUCUUGCAACCUGUCUAGCAGGUUGUUUAGUUCUAUGUGGGCAUAAGCAGUGGUGAAACAGGCUAUGAAAACACUGGUAUUUCCAGAGAAAGAGUACUGGUCUUUUGGGUCUUUCCAAGACACUCAUGCUGUUUCACCGUCGAUAAUCUUGCAGGAUGAAACCUUAUAGUUGGGGGGAAAACAGGUACUG